AAAACCGGAAAAUAAGCGGAUUCGGUAGUCAUUUACGUACGAUACACGUUGGGUACUUCGCUCAUUUUGUUCCGAGUUUAGUUGAUUUCCAUUCAGUGCGUUUUGUGUACACACGAGACAGAAUCAGAUGAUGCAUUCCCACGAGAAUUUCAAAAUGUUCGGACAUCAUCAGAACGAACAGAGUAACGGAUCGGUAGUGUUGGAUAUUAUUCCGCCGCAUUAUGUUAACGGGAGUUUACAUCACGGACAACCCAGUCCGCCCCAGUCGCCCGGUACACCACCCAGUAAUUAUCGAAACGACGCUUCAAGUCCGAUUACUAACGGGGAAUUGAACCAAUCCACCCCGACAAGUCCCAGUUCGAACGAUCCGAAUAUUCGUCGUUACAGGACCGCGUUUACCCGGGAACAACUCGCCCGUCUGGAAAAGGAGUUUUUCAAGGAAAACUACGUUUCCAGACCGAGGAGGGUCGAGCUUGCCACCCAGUUGAAUUUGCCUGAAAGUACCAUUAAGGUCUGGUUCCAAAACAGACGAAUGAAGGACAAGAGACAACGUAUGGCGAUCGCGUGGCCAUACGCCGCCGUUUACAGUGACCCAAUCUUCGCCGCCUCUUUGCUACAAGCAGCCGCCUCCACCGUUCACUAUCCACCGGCUACCGCCAUGUAUCCCCCUCACUACCCGCGGUACAACCCUUAUCCGACUUUUGGGGUGCACCAUCAUUCGGCCAUACCGAACCCGAACCUGCUCCAUCCCGCCGCCCCCUCGGUCGGUUUCAACCCUGCCGCCCCCACCGGAUUAACGGGGGUUUUACCCCAUCAGAACCAACUGCAACAAGGUCUGAACAUCAAUUUGAACUUUGGAGAUAUGCCGCAGUAUCAGCCGUCAUCGCAUCAAAAGAUUUCGCCGACUGACUCGCAUCGCUCGGAGAUCAGUUUGAGUCCACCGGUGAUGGACGGUUUGAUGAUGUCCGCGGCCAAAUUGCCUUCGGGGGGUUUAAAUCAGACGCAGUUGUCCCAAUCGGAGAAACCUAAACUGUUUAAACCCUACAAGUCGGAAGUUUAACUGUUUUAUUUAUUGGUUUUAUUGCGUAAAUGUUCACUAGAUAUGCCAAAGAUGUUGAAGUAGUGGCGGGAGGGUUUGUUUUGCUGACUGAACUUGCUUAUAUAUAUAGCUGUUAGUUGUAAAUACUCGUGUGUAUGUCCAGGUGUAUAAUUUAAUAAAGACCCACCUUCCCUUUUAAAGGAUUUGUAUAUAUAAUUGUAUAAUAUAUAGAUAGUGAUUUAUUUUUAUUUAUUAUAACUAAUGUACAGUACAUACGACACCUAUUUGUUGUUAAUAUAUAUAUAUACGUCUUUUAGUUUAAAUAAAAGGAGUAUUUGGAGAAA